AUAUUACUAAUAAUUCUGUAUUAUUGGAUGUGUUAAGUUUGAUUGCAAGACGUAUAUUUAGAUAUAGAUAUAUAGAUAAAUUCCACCACACUAUACACAGAUAUAAGAAGAAUGUAGCGAAUGUUGUCACCUGCAGCGACACGGACAAACACUAGGUGGCAGCAGAGGCAGCGAUAUAAACACUAAUGGCAGCCAAACGAGCAGAAUGUCAUUUUUACACUUAAUAAAAUCAAUAAUUCAUAAUAGAAUGUAAACAUAUAAGACAACCAGUGGAUAUAAUUACAGCAGAUGGUUGAACCGCAAUGGUUGAACAAAGGCUACUGAGUUUCUUGAUAUCACAUAACCGCCACAAUCAAUCAACUCAUCAAUAAUUCACCUUCACGGGUGUGCGCGCGCAUGCGCGGGGGGGUGGCACUCUUUCCAAGUAUUUUCUGGUUAACUCUUUCCGCAGACUUCUCAGACCGGAACCUUUACAAACCUCAGUACGCUAACGAGCUCACGAGCCCCGGAGAGUCGUCCACUUUCCCGCCUGCAAUCGGGACUCACGAGUACUCGUCUGUGUUAUGACUCGUUCACGCGCGCUCUUGCUACCGCUAGCUAACAUGAAAAACCAGGGUAACCGGGUAACGUGCAUGUGCGCUCUGUGACGGGCGGUUCGAGUGAAUCGAAUACCCGAUUGAAUUCAGCCGCCUGCCAGCGGUCCGGGUCCAUCAGGUCCUCUCAUGUCUUGAUGCGGUGAAGCUUUGUCAUCUCCGACUUGGCUUCAGGAUGUCGUGUUCUCCAUCUGGAAUGACGAGCACAAGCCACUCUGACCCCUGGACGGCUGCUGACUUCCCGCCAUCUUUUUGAUGCCAUCUCGGAACGGCGGAGGCGUUUUUACCGGACAAGUCGGGCACGGUGUUCCGGCAUGAUGGAGUCCCAGGACCAGUGCCACAGCAAGCACCACAUGGACUCGGGCGGCAGCCCGGCUAUCAGCGCCGUCAUGUUCGCCGCCGGCAUCCUGGGCAACGUGGCCGCCCUGGCCAUCCUGGAGAUCCGGCGCCGGCGCCGCACGGGGGCAGUGACCGGCCACGGCCGCACGCCGUUCCAGGUCCUCAUCACGUCUCUGGUGGUGACGGACUUGGGCGGGACGUGUCUGAUCAGCCCGCUGGUGCAGGUGUCGUACUCCGGCAACGUCACCCUGGAGGGGAUGACGCCCGCCACCCACGCCGUGUGCUCCUACUUUGGCUUCAGCAUGACCUUCUUCAGCUUGGCCACCAUGUCGCUGCUCUUGGCCACGGCGCUGGAAAGGUGCUUAGCCAUCGGCCACCCCUACCUGUACAGCCGCCGCGUCACCAGGAAGUGCGCCUACGUGGCCAUCCCGGCCGUCUUCCUGCUCUGCGUCACGUUCUGCCUCCUCCCUUUCCUGGGUUUCGGUAAAUACGUACAGUACUGCCCCGGCACGUGGUGCUUCAUCGACAUGAAUCCGGAGAGGACGGAGGACAGGGUCUACGCCAACCUGUACGCCACCGUCAUGUUGCUGCUGGUGCUCGCCGUGGCGGCGUGCAACGCCUUCGUGGUCUACCAGCUGCUUCGCAUGUAUCGGCGCCGCAGGAUCGGCCAGGGCUCCGUGGCGGCUAACGUGCGGCCCAACCCCGCGUCCUUGGCCGAGGAGGUGGAGCAUCUCAUCCUGCUGGUCUUCAUGACCGUCAUCUUCAUCAUCUGCACGCUGCCCCUAGUGGUCCGCGUGUACAUCAACUCGGCGGGAGCACGCAAGGAAUCGCACCAGCUGGACCUGAUCGCCCUCCGCUUCAUCUCCGUCAACUCCAUCGUGGACCCGUGGGUGUUCAUCCUCCUCUCCCCCGGCGUGCUGCACUUCUGCUGGGCCGCCAUCCGCAAAGCUCCGACCGGCUCGCCUGAGGCCCGCCACCUCCGCAAAGAUGGCGGCGUCAGCGUGGAGCUAGCUCGGCCACCGGCGGACAACACGCAGCCGAGUGCGCUUGGAGAAAGCGUAUGAGCGCAGGGUUUGGUUCUCGACCUCGCCAAAGCCUUCCAGACGUCCACGCUGAUGGGCUGAUGUCAUCUUUGGGGGCGGGGGGCAUAUGUGGGGGCACCUUGGGAAAGUACCAGAAAACAUUUGCAGUCAAAAUACUCAAAGUCAUUUUGGGAUUAUAAACACGUAAUGUUUUAGGAUCACAUACACUUUAAAUGAAUAUGAAUAUUUAAAAAUAUAUAUUUAUCCUAAAGUCGGAAUAUGAUUCAAAUCUAAACAACUAAAUUCAUUGUUGGAAAAUUAGCUUGUGGAAUUAGUGGAAUAAAGUCACAAUAGUACAAAACCAAACACUUCAGAUAUUUUGGGGGGGGGGGAAGAAAUAUAAAAAAUGUAAUUUUAUGACAAUGAUCAUACUAUGGGAAUAAGUCAUCAUAUUAUGGGAAUAAAGUCCUCAUAUUAUCGGAAUAAAGUAAAAAUAUUAUGAAAAUAACAUCACAUUAUUGGAUUAAUGUCAAUAUGGGAAUAAAGUCAUGACAUUAUUGGAAUAAAGUCAAUACAUGGGAAUAACAACAUCAUAUUAUUAGAAUAAAGUCCUCAUAUUAUGGGAAUAAGGUCAUGAUAGAAUGGGAAUAAAGUCAUAAUACAGGAAUGAAGUCCUCAUAUUAUGGGAAUAAAGUCAUCAUAUAAGGGGAAUAAAGUCAUAAUAUUACAAGAAGAAAAUUGAAAAGAAAAAUAGAAAUAAAUGGACUUUUUCCAGUUUAUUCCUCUAAAAUGAAAACAUCGAUUAUUGUGACCCCCCCCCCCCCCCAAGUUUUGCUGCUGUUUUUUGUUCUGGAAAAUGUUCUUGUGAGAUGCUAUUUUUCCAAAGCAGGCACCACCUGCUGUUAGCAAGACUGUUAGCUAGCCUGGAUGCUAACAUUGCUGGACCGUCGUCUUUGUGCUGCUCAUCUGUGACACGUUGCCUUACUCUUCUAAGUGUGUAAUUGUAUAAAGUACUGCAAAGUACUGUGCUGUACAACAUUUCUAAUCACAUAUUAUAUUUAACAUGAAGGAAAAAAAAGGUUCUUCUGAUGUCAUUUUGGGAAAAGGAGGGUGGGAAAAAAGAGAAUAUUAUGGGAAUCAAGUCCAAAUAUUAUUAGAUGAAAAUUCACACAAAAAAAACUACAAAUAUUUGGAAAAUUCCCCCCGAAAAUAUCAGAAAUGUGACAAAAGAGCUUAAUUGAAAGAGAAUAAAGUCAUAUUGUAAGCAUAAAGCUGGAAUAUUGUCAGGGAGGUGUUACCGUGGGCGUCCCAGCAUGAAUGCGGGGAUGAGUGACGGCCUGUCAGGCUAAUGAAGCAUUAGCGGGACCAGACACCCCCACCUGACCCACCUAACCCACUUUACCCUCCCUCAAUGCUCAUCAAGCUGCUCCGUGUAUUGCAUCAUCAGGAA